AAUUAUUUCUUUUUUCGCGACAGAAGUAAUUUAUGGAAUAAGCGCCAAACAAAUCAACAACAAAAAGUGUCGCUUUGGACUGAAUAGACCAGAUGUUCGAAUUUUAAAUCUCACCUCACUGAGACAGAUUAGUCAAUGCAAUUUCGCUAGACCUGUUCGCAAUCAAGAUAUUUUACAUCCAGUCUACGCGUCCGACUAACCGAGUAAACCAGAAACAGAAAAUAAGAAGAGAAAGGAAUCCAGAAGAAGAAGAAUACGAAGAAAAAGGUAAAACAAGAAUAUUGUAGAAGAAUAUUGCAAAAAAAUGUUUUAUCUAUCACCAGAAAUACCCAGCAUACACACCAAAUGUAAUUCCAACAAGAUUUUAAAAGAAAAUAAAAGUGAACACAAGAGGCGACCCAAGCCCAAAGAUGGUUCAAAGCUCACGUGCCGUGUAUGUGGAGAUGUUGCUUUAGGAUACAACUUUGAUGCUAUUACGUGUGAAUCGUGCAAAGCAUUUUUCAGGCGGAAUGCUCUGAAGAAGAAGGUUUUUAUUUGUACAUUUGAAAAUAAAUGCCACCUAGACCAGCACACCCGUAAAUUCUGCGCCAGUUGUCGGUUGAAGCGUUGUUUUGAAGUGGGAAUGAAGAAAAACUGGAUAUUAAACGAAGACCAAUUGAAGAAAAGAAGACAGAAGUUAAACAUGGCGAAAAGAAACAAAUCAAAAACACUCCACCCCUCUUUACCAUCACCUUCCAGUUCCUGUUCGAGUCAGUCGAACAUGUCGGUGACUUCAAACUGGUCAUAUAACGGUAGUUUUGAAUACUUCAGAGAUAUGAGUCCUUUUACAUGUUACCGACCAAUAGUCGAAUCAGAAUUCAGACAGAUCAUUUUGCCUGUUGACAAAUAUUCUAUUCUAUCAGAUGUGUAUUGGAAUAUGUUGACCACUAACAAACAGGGCCGGCAUAUUCUGUCUUCGCUGAGGUUGCUUGUUGAACACCACGAGAGAUUGUUCAAUAAUUAUUAUAGAUACGGCGGAGAUAUAAUUUCUAAUUUACCUAACGAGCCCAUUGACUAUAUGAACAGAGCUAUUACAUUGCUGAUAUCAUUCAUGAGAAGUUUACCAGAAUUUCAAGCAUUGUCGCAUGAAGAUUACAUGACAAUAUUUAUGGGAAACAUUCGAGAAGUUUUCGUCAUUCGAGCGGCAAUGACAUUUUCAUUCAGAGGAGAAUACAUAGUAUUCUGGAAUCAGAAAGGCCAAGAGAAAUGUUUAGAUCCAAUGGUUCUGAAGAGCGCCUUGGGAGAGAAACUAUAUAACCAAAUUGCAUAUUUUAUAAAAUCAUUUCAAGAGUGUACCAACGAAGAUAGGAUUAUAAUGAUUAUGCUUAUGCUCAUUGAAUUUUUCAAUCCCUACAAACCAAAUGUCGAGAACAAAUACUUUUUGCAAACAGCACAAGAGAAAUAUAACUUUUGGUUAAAAGUGUACAUCGAGGCUAAAUAUCCGGAAAACAUUGCUAGUCUCAUUUACAGACAAAUCAUCAUGAAGUUAUCUGAUGUACGAGAGAUUGGUCACAUCUGUAACGAAGCAAGUAAAAAGUUCUUGUGGGAGGAUUUUCUCCUCUUAAUUGUCGAUAUCUUAGACAUAAAUUGAACAGAUUCCAUAUAUGAACGAGAAAAAUACUCUUAAUUUAUUGUGAUCAACUGUUUUCAUAGUGUAUAAUUAUAUUUUCAUUGUAUGUUUUUGGUUCGAUAUUCUAAGUAUAAAUAUUUUUUUUGUUUUAACACUUUUAAUAAAUAACAACAUUUACCAUCA